AUGGCUGUUUCAGCUUAUGCAGCUUUGCUUUCUCUCACGCAUGUCCUUGAUAAUGUCCAGCAUCCUACUCGCCGUCAUCGACUUCUUGUAGACAUAAAUCGGAUUCAAAUUCUGCAGGAAAAAGUCAACUUCUUGCGAGAUUUUCUUGAAGUUCACUCCCAAGGGAAGAGCCAACAAGUGGAAGAUCUGGCGAGGCAAAUCGUUGUUGUUGCGGAUGAAGCAGAAGAUAUCAUUGACUCCCACGUUGUGGAUCAGCUUCGUGAUGGAUCUCGAGAUCAAAGUCAUGCUACGAUCACGACCUCGUCUUUUUGUCAAGAUAUAGACAAAGUAAUCGAAAAGAUUGACUUGAUCAAGAAAGAUUUGAUGAUUGUUAAAGAAGAAUGGGGUGACGUACAAGAACAAAAGCCUGUAGCUUCAGCAUCUGUCAGGUCAUCAUCCAGUGGCAAGAAUACUAUGGUGGGAUUUGAUGAGCACUUGCUUCGAAUCAUUGAUGAGCUGACGAGAGAUGAAUCAAAUCUCCAAAUUCUCCCGAUUGUCGGAAUGGGAGGUAUUGGUAAGACCACUUUAGCUAGAAAUGCUUUUGACCAUCCAUAUGUUGUCAAUCGCUUUGAUAUAUGUAUUUGGUUUACAAUAUCUCAAGUAUACAAUGUGCGAGAAAUUCUUCUCCACUAUCUCAAUGAUGGAAAAGAUGAAGAGAGUAAUGAAUCUUUGGCUAGAUUAGGUGAAAAAUUGCACAAAAAGUUAUUUGGCAGAAGAUAUUUGAUUGUUAUGGAUGACGUGUGGAGUACCAAAGCUUGGGAUGAUUUUAGCUUGUUCUUCCCAAACAAUGGGAAUGGAAGUCGGGUUUUGAUGACUACCAGGUUGUCAAAGGUGGGGGGGUCAUUAGGAACUCACAAUCCUUAUUUGAUGGAUUUUUUAAAUGAGGAGAAAAGUUGGAAUUUACUUUGUGAGAAGGUGUUUGGUCAAAACGAUUGUCCAUAUUCGGAAUUGGAGAAAGUUGGAAAGGAUAUCGCAAAAGGUUGCAAAGGACUUCCUAUUGCCAUUGUAGUAAUUAGUGGGCUGCUUGCAAGAACCGACAUGAAACAAGAACGUUGGGAGCAUAUUGCCAGAAAUGUUGCGUCUUUUGCUAGUUCAAAAGAUAAUCGGCAUUGUUUGGAGAUAUUGUCACUGAGUUAUAACAAUUUGCCUAUUCAUCUUAAACCAUGUUUUCUCUAUAUGAGUGCUUUCCCAGAAGAUAGCAAGAUUAAGGUCUCUAGACUAAUCAAAUUAUGGGUUGCUAACGGAUACUCGAAACCUGAGAGAGGUAAAAACUUGGAAGAGAUUGCAAUGGAAUAUUUGGAAGAUCUUAUUGAUAGGAAUUUGAUUUUAAUUUCUGAACGGACAGAUGGUGGAAAAAUAAGAAGUUGUAGCAUUCAUGAUCUUUUGAGGAACCUAUGCUUGAGAGAAUCUAAGAAAGAGCAUCUUUUUCGUGUCUCAAAAACACAACGAAUUCGUAUUUUGCCACAGGAGAAAAACGUAUGCUUUACAUGUGGUGAGCGAGCCUCGCCACAAGAAAGUAUAGAUGUCCCAGAAAUUCUUGUUGGCUCGCGUUCCACAUUGGUUGCUAGUGGGCUGGUGUGUGAUACAUGUAAAAGAAAGCACCAACAUCUUGAUAUAUUCAGAUGGGUGAAGCUUUUCGGGCAGUCUUGUGAAAAACUUCGGCAACAUACUAAAUUGCGGUUGAUUGAUGUUCGAACAAGUGUGUUCUGGUAUCGUACUCUUAGCAAAUUUGAAUUCGUGCCUUCGUCCUCUAUACCUUUAUUGUGGAACUUACAGACUUUACUUAUAGAUGGAAGCGGAGCAAAUGUCAAGAAGCGACCAAUCGUCGUUCCAUCUAAAGUUUGGGAGAUGCCACAACUUAGACAUAUCGUCAUGGAUUUGGGUUUUUUACCUACUCCUGUAGAUACUCAAGAUACCAUCACUCUGGAAAAUCUGCAGACUCUUUCCACAAUGCAUAAUUUUAGGUGUACAAAAGAGGUUUUUGAAAGAAUCCCAAAUCUGAAGAAACUGAAAGCUCGUUAUCUCAACGUCAAAGAUUGGUCCUUCUAUUGUCUUCACAAUCUUGCUCAUCUGCAUAGGCUUGAAUCCUUGUCUCUCAUAGCUGAAGAUUUGUUAUUGGAGAAAACCGCCUUUCCGACUUCACUCAAGAGGUUGAGUUUGUCCAAAUGCAGAAUUCCUUGGGGACAUAUCACGAUUAUUGGUUCUUUGUUGCCCAAUCUUGAAGUGCUUAAAUUGUUGAAUAAUGCUUUUAGAGGGUCCGAGUGGAGUCCAGUUGAAGGGCAAUUUCCUCGACUCAAAGUCUUGUUUAUUUCGGACAGCGACCUGGUGUCGUGGAGAGCUGAUGAUUUCCAUUUUCCACAUCUCGAGAGCCUUUUCCUCCGACUGAUGCAUAAGUUGGAAGAGAUCCCUUCAGGUAUUGGACAUAUAGAGACGCUUCGUUCAAUUCAUUUGAACAAGUGCAGUGAGCUAGUCGUCAACUCGGCAAAGCAAAUACUGGAGGAACAAUCUAGCUAUGGAAAUGAGCUUGAAGUCCGUGUAGAUCGAAAAAAGGUCAGUGUUGAUGAUUCCUGA